CAUGGGGUCCGGUAGAUGGCACGGUUCGUGUUGUAAAUUGUAGCCGUCUUCGUCUCGAAUGUUGUUUCUCUUCAGUUCGCUUCGGGUACAGGCUGGGCAUUGUGAGUCUGUGAGACUUGGAAGCGGGCUGUCAGUUUUCGUGUCAGAUGCGGAAGCGGUCGGCUCCUCGGUCGUAAUGUUUCCGAUCCGUGUCCCUCGUAAGCCGGUGGAUUGAGACGAGCUCCGAUGUAAUCAGAAAGAAUAUAAUGGCGAAGAGAAGCGUAGAGGUUCAAGUACUAGAUAGCGAUUUCUCAGUUUUAUUGCGCGAGUCUGUCACCUAUGAGUUUAAAAUGGAAUCGAGGUCGAAAACGAGGCUGCGGAAUUUCGUCAUGCUGUGCAUGCUCCUCGCUCUAACCGGCAUCAUCUACUUCAGCUACUUCUGCUCGGACAAGCUGUGUCCGAUGGCGGCUCGUAAGCCGUCCUGGACAGAGUGGAACCCGAAAUUCCCGGACCAGGACAACCUCGGCAAACCACUGAGCCUCCAUUCUAGCCCUUUCAACUCGAAGACGUCCAACCCGGGCCUCAGCUACGACGACGUCCUCAACGAGAACUUCCAGUUCGACAUGAACGCACACGACGUCAUGGUCUUCCUCCACAUACAGAAAACGGGCGGCACCUCCUUUGGCAAGCACCUUGUACUGGACCUGGACCUCCAGAAGCCGUGCACCUGCCAUAGAAAGAGGAAGCGCUGCUACUGCUUCAGGCCGAACAGGAACGAAAACUGGCUCUUCAGCAGGUACUCGACCGGCUGGAAAUGCGGCCUACACGCCGACUGGACUGAACUCACCAGCUGCGUCGACAACGAGUUCGACAAGAACGAAGGAGAUUCUGUUAAAAGAAGGUACUUCUACAUCACACUGCUGCGUGAGCCGAUUUCACGUUACUUGUCUGAGUUCCGGCACGUGCAAAGAGGAGCGACAUGGAAGCAUUCACGGCACUGGUGUGGAGGAAGAGAGGCGACAGAAGCCGAGUUGCCACUCUGCUACCGCGGCGAAUCAUGGACAGACGUUACCCUAGAUGAGUUUAUGAGCUGUCCUUUCAACUUAGCUCACAACAGACAAACACGUAUGAUGUCUGAUCUAGCUCUUGUUGGUUGCUACAACACAUCAUACAUGUCACCCACAGAAAGAAAUAGUGUCAUGUUGGCCAGUGCGAAGAGAAACCUUGCUGCCAUGGCAUUCUUUGCUCUGACUGAAUAUCAGAAGAUAGGGCAAUAUGUAUUUGAAGAGACAUUUAAUCUCAGGUUUGGCGUGCCUUUUGAGCAGCACAAUGCAACGUUGUCAAGUUCGACACUUUCCACCUUGUCUGCACAACAGCUGACAAAAAUUCGAGAGUUGAACGCUCUUGACCUUGAACUUUAUGAGUUUGCAAAAACGCUCAUGUACAAGAGGUUCAAUAAGCUGAAAUCUCGAGACUCGCAGUUUGAAGAGAGGUUCGCCCACCUUGGCAAGCUGCCGGGUAGAACGGAAUUUAACUGGGACCAGGCGAUCGAGGAUGUUACAUAUUCCACCAACACUUGAGCUUUUAAUCGUAUGGAGUUGGUAUACUUAAAACCUUUUUACUAUGUCAUCCACUUGUCCUUACAUUCUCGAAAGUUUACAAGGUUUUUUUUGUUCCUUUGUCAUUAGUCUUCAAAAUCAGCAUGUCCAGGCAUGCAUUUGAACGUGGCAUAUCAAUGUACAUUUCUUUACAAACACCUUCUAAAUAAUUACCAUGGGAAGGUUGGAAAUAAUUGUAGGGUUUUAAUUGAGGCUCAUUGAAAUUUAUACACAAAAAGAAUCAUUGUGCCUUAAAUUUUUUUAUCAAACAUUUUAUUUAUUAUCGUAACAUUUUAUUAACAAGACCAUUUUUAUUUAUUUAUGAUCUCAUGAUAAUCAUUAGCUUUUCAAACUGAUUUGUUCAAAAGUAAUGCUAGUUAUUUAAAGAUAUUCGUUACCUCUAUUUGUGCUUCUUUCCCUAAGAGCUAUUAUCUCUCUGUGGAAACCCUUUUUUGGUAUAAAACUUGUUUAAAAAAAAUAUUUGAGAAAGGGUGAUACCUUUGCAUCAUUUUUAUCAUUGCAGUAAGGAUUACCUCAUUCGUUGUCUUCCCUUGCUUUAAAAAUUAAAAUUAAACUCUAUUCGGUCCUUGAAAGCCAGUUGAUUUGUGCCUGUACUGGAUUUAACGCUCAAAUUAGAGUUUGUUGCUAAUAAUGUUGUAGUUCUAUAUUGCUUCAAACAAAGUAAUUAUAAAAAAAUGGAUUAAUGGGAUUUCAUACACACAUGGAAAGUGUAUGAAUUCUUAUGCUGAAACGAUGAAUGCAGUAUUAAUUAAAUAAUAACUUGAAUUAUUAUAUUUUAUUUUUAAUAUAACAGGAAAUAUCGUAUUUGCCCAGAUGUACUUAUUUCCUUUUUGUUCAUGAAUAAGCUUUAAUUUGAAAUUGAAAAAGUGAUUUAUGGCUAUUAAUUUUUCAUUGUUUUCAAUAUUGCAUUGCUAGCGGUCUUCCUUGGAAAAUGUGAUCUGUGUAUCUUCUCUUCAGUUUUUGACAUAAAUAAAAUUGUCUUUAUACACGUUUAUAAAUAAUUUAAGACAAUAAUGAACCAUCCAUUUGUAAAAGUUUUAAAGAUGAAAUAAUCUAAAGUAUUUUUCCCCUUCAUCUACAUUUGUAUUAUAUGUAUGUGUAAUUUUCCUGUUAACACUUGAUCUGAUUAAGUCUUGUUUUUAAACAUUGGCAAAUUUUAAACAUAAAAUUUUCAAUAUUUUUUUUUAAAAGAUUGAUUGGUGAUAAACUUAACCUGCAGCUUGAUCGUGUAUGAUCAUCCUAGAAUAUCCUCCAUACUGAAUUUGCCUACAUAUACUUGAGUCAGUGUAUGAAGUACCUAAAAAAAAUUACAAACGCUCGAUAAAGGACGCAGGUCAUCCACCAAAAAAGAUGAAAUGUCAAAAUAUGUGUCAAUAGGCAAAAUCAGUGAAAAUAAACAGACCAGGAUAAUCAGAGGUAAUCAAGCUGUUGGCAUUUUUAAUUAAUGAUGAUUGCUAACUUAACACGUUGACUGUGACCCAUGCUUGACCAUUGGUUGCUAAUGCCAAUCUUCUGGUACUUAAAAAUUUUAUAAAUUUUUUUAAAAUGUUUAUCAGUGAUAAAAAUUAUAUGAGUUGCAUCCCCCACAGUGCUAAAUAAAACAUUGGUUCUGGUUCAAUUUUGGCGUGUAGUUGAAUAAAAGUAAUAACUGUAGACGCAUGUUCUGGGGCAGCCGGGGUGUGGUUGUGAGUUUCGCGGUAAAGGAAAUGGAAUUUUUAAAUUUUGUCUUUUCUUUAAACACCUUCAAAAUCUUUAGGUGUCAUCCUUAAAAAUUUGACAAAUCCCAUACCAUCUUCUAGCCUUAAUAUGUCCAAAAGAUCAGGGCAUGUAACAUUGUUAUUAUAAACAAUUUUCGGACCCAACAUCUUUGAUUUCUAUUAUUAAUUAAUAAUAACAAUGACAGAGAAACACCGAGGCCUAACUCCUGAGAAAUUUUCUAGGGAAUUGCUUCUGUAGUGUACGCAUGACUUGUUGCAGGGCAGCCCCCAAACAGAUGCGCAACAUUGAAUCUGUUGUUCAUAAACUGUUCCCAAUAAAGACGCGUAACUUUGACCCUAGUGUGGACGCCUUUACGCCUACAAUUUUGGUAAGAGGCUCCUCUACCUCCCCAUGUUUUAUAUAAAAUUGUUAAUCCCUUAAUAAAUAAGUAUUAUUCUUUCCCUAUUGUUAAUAUUUUAAUUCCCCCAUAUCAAUCCUUUUUUUCUUCUUACAGCAGUUUUCACAAAAUAACUUUUUUUUUUUAAUUCACUUCCAGUUGAACAAAUUUGGAAUGUGACACUUUUGUCCUUUUUGAGGUGGCCCUAUGAAUUUUGAACAAAUAUAAAGGGGAAGAUGCACUGCUGCACUCAAAAAGACAAUUGACAUGACGUACUGUUGUAUCUUAAGCAGUCAACGUGUUAAAAUGGGGAAAAAAUUAAUAAUGUAUUGUUACACAUUUAUCAUCCAAUAAUUUAAAAAUUGCUGUUAAUCUCAUAUAACACAUAAAAACAAAAAUUGAUUGUAAACUGAGUCAAGAACUAAAAUUAGUCUUUAGUGUAUGCUAUGAGUAAACUCAGUUAAAGAUAAAUUACUUUGAGAUUUACAUUAGAACUGCAUCGUGUUUCCCAUUAUGGGAAAAAAAGUGUAGAGAUAUACAUACUUAUAGCAUACGUAACCAAAUAUGAGACUGUAAUUGAAUUUUAUUUACCAAAGAUAUAUUUUAAUUAAUAUUGGUUAUUUUAACUUUGUUAAUUGAAACCAGUUUUUUUUUAGAGUCUAACAAAGAGUAAGUGUGUAAAUAUGUACAUUAUUAUUGAGUGAAUGAAAUUAUAGAAAUUGUGCUAGAAAUAGUGAUGAAUAAUCUGGGGGGUAUGUUCUGGAUGAAAAAAACAAGAUUGUUAUCUGCCAAGCUUUUGACCUAUUUUAAGGUCAUCAUCAGGGAAAAAUAAUCUUAAAGAUGUCUUCAAAUAGGCAUAAUUGAGGUUUUAAUAGAUUAUUUCAAAUUUCUUUGAAGACCGACUCAGUACGAACUUUGCCAAGGACAGUAACACUAUUGCCAUUUUUGUUUGGGCAAAAUCACUGGAGCAUGCGUUAUUCUCUUGACUGUGAAAGGGUUAUUUAUAUUUCUAUCUGUUUGUUCACUGUUUGUUAACUUCCUUGAAUUAAUAUCUAACAAUCUCUUAAUCAGUGUCUUUGGGUAGUUAUUUCUUUUAUAUUUAUGUUGGAAUCAAAUGUCAAGCAUCAUCGAUAUCGUGCUGGCCUUGCGAUCUUGUCUGGCAUUACAAAAGACAGCAAGAAGAACAAGCAAGUUGUGGGAACAGAGGAUUGCGAGUAUACAUAUUUGUGCCUUCACCAAGAGCCGACCUUUUCCUAUAUCUUACCUUGAUCAUGCCAAUACACCUUUUAGCUUGAAAAACUUUUGUCUUUUCUCAAUUUUCUUACAUCAAAAAUUGGGUUAGGGAACUCUCCUAUACGCAGACUAGUUAAAAAAAAAAGUUCUGAAGGAAGAUUUUGAUCGUUUGGUACCACUCACGACAUAUGAUCCAACAAUGUUACAGAUUGCAAUAAGCAUGCUAAAUUUUAAAAUAAAUUACUUAUUGGAAUUGAAUUAUCGAUAAUUGGAUUUUGCUCUUUUAGUCUUAGUGUUUGUUCUGACAAAAUUUCUUUGUUAUAUGUUUUAUAACUUGUUUACUUCCUUGGUUCUUAAAUUUGUAAAUUGAAUAUACACUCUCCUUUUAACCUGAUCUUCUGAGUAAACAAUUUAAAAAAAAACUGCUUGUUGAUACUCUCUUGUCACAUUCCUAAUUCAACAUUAUUUUGCAUUUUAUAAUCAGUUUUUUUUGUGUGUGGUUUGUUUCUCUUAAAUGUUAAAUUUCAUUCCUUUAUUUUUUUUCCAAUUGUCUUCCUUUAGAUAGUAAAAUCAUCAUUAGUAUGGCAGAGAAAUACGCUUAUGAUAAUACUUCUGUAGGGUCAGACAUUACCGCUGGUUCGGAAAAUUUGAGCAUUCUUCAUAUUAUCUCUAUUUUCUUACAAUAUAGCUUUAAUUUCUUUUAUUUUAAUAUAUUAAAAAUUUUGUCCGUAUCUAUUUGUAGACAUCUUUAACACUGUUUUGCCCUGAUUAUUUCCUCAAAAUAGGUCGAGAGCUUGGCAGGUAGCAAUUAAAUUUAUUUUUUGAUCUAGACUGAAAUCCAGAUUACUCGCGAGUAAAAAAACUGGUUGAUACAUGUAACACUUUAUAUCAUAGUGGGAAAUAAUUUUGUUUAAGUGCAAAGGAAGAAAUAGGUGUACAACCAUUUUUGUUUUAAUUUUGACCAUUAUUAUCUCAAAUGUGUAAUAUUUAGUGACCGUUAUGUAAUGAUUAUUUAGAGAUCGUAAGACACAUACAUCUCACCAGACUGCAUCUCACGAUCUCUAAAUAUUAUUAUCUCAAAUGUGUGCACAAUCAAAUAAUUGUCCUUGUGAAUGUAUAAAGUUUUUUUUUAAAUUAGUAAUCAGCUAGUGUAAAUAGAUUCAAUUAAGAAAAGUAAUGUCAUACCCUUUAUGUUUGUAACAAUUAUGUAAUUAUAUGUUAUAAAGAUGUAAAUAAACUUUUUAUGAUGUAAU